AUGGAAUCGUCUGCUUAUAAUAUUCUACAAAAAACUUUAAUCAGUUUCAAUGAAAAUGAUCUAAUAUCAAAAAUCUGCUUCAAUAAUAAUGAAUUCCAGCUCGAUCCAAUUAUCGAUUUUCAUUGUACUUCAAAUACCAUAAAAUUGGAAAAAAUUGUCAAUAUUCCUGUCAUUAAUGAAUAUCUUGAGAAUUUAUCUUCUACUGAUACAUAUCUUAACGGUAUUACUGGUCAAAAUACACCAGGUUCAUUUUACAAUUACAAAGUCAAUUUUGUAAAAUUAUUUGAAAAGAAUAAACAAGAAUUUACUGCUUUUGUGGAAACUAUGAUUAAAAAUGAUCCAGCUCAUCAAGGAUAUAUUCAUUCAUGUCGCUAUGGUGAUUAUUAUAAGAAUUUACUAUUUUAUAAUAUAGGUGGAAAUUACCGAUAUUGUCCGAAGAAAAAUGCUCAUCAUAAACGUAAUUGA